UUAAUUUAUUGACUUCCGGUGUGUAAAAUGAAAGUAGAAAACGCAAGUUGAAAUUAAAAAAAAAACCGUGAUUAGUGUAAGAAAUUAUGAUUGAUGUCAUUAUUUUAUAUGACGGAAUACAUUUAAUGAUUGCAAACCAUUAUGUCUAAAGAAGAAACUCAAACCAACAUAAGAGAUAAAGUUACACAAUACGAAACGUUUCUAAACGAAAAGCUUAGAAAAGAUUUAAGGUUUGUACAGCAUAUCAUAUUUAACAGUAAACUAUUAGAGCAGAGAGAUGAAGUGUACAAACAAACAUCUGAAUAUCUUCAAUUAAAAACAGUAAUAGAAACAAUUAAGCAAACAGAUUAUACAAAAGAAGAACUGAAGACUAAGAUAGAUUUAGGAUGCAACUUUUAUGUUCAAGCUAAAGUACCUGACACAUCAAUGAUAUUUGUUAAUAUUGGAUUUGGGUUUUAUGUAGAACUUACCCAUGAUGAAGCUUUGAAGUUUAUUACAAAGAAAACAGAUAAUUUAGAUGAAAAAGCCAAGAUCCUGACAAAAGAUGCCACAUCAGUAAAAGCUCACAUAAAAGUAGUAUUAGAGGGUUUAAGAGAACUACAACAGAUACCAAGGGAACCUGAAAAAAAGCCCUAUAGAGAUGUGUUAUCUUGAAAAAAAAAUGGCAUAACAUUAUUAACUUAACAGAAAACUGUCCUGUAAUAAUGGAAGAGUACUGGACAUCUAGAAAAUAUUGGUUCUCAUCUCCAAGCAUUUGACCUAUCUUUUAUUUUGUAAAGAUGCAUGUAUAAUCAGAUGUCAAAUAAAAAAAAUGUGAAAUAAA